UAAAGUUUAUUUGUAGACGGAUGGAGUAGUUCUUUUUAAAAAAAUUCUUCAUAUUCAAACGCCCCUAUUCUCCAAAGUACCAAACAGGACGUAUCACGCAUAUUUAUUAGUCUAUGAGUCUCUCCCUUUGGCUAUCUCUACUUGCAGGCAAAAGUCAUAUCCAUCAAAUAAUGGAGUAAUAACUCUCAUCCCAAAUCCCAAUUCUUUCUCUCCCAUCUUCAAAGACUGCAUCUUUUUGCCGCAAGAAUCUUGAUUCUUGAUCUUCUUGAACCUCCAAACACAAAAAGAAAAAAAAGAAAGAAAGAAAUGGCGGGCGGCGAUGAUGAGAAGGUGAAGAUCAGGAUAAAGGAGGCGACGACGGUGAAGCCGGCGAAACCCACGCCGUCAAGGAGGCUGUGGAGCUCGAACCUGGACCUGAUUGUGGGGAGGAUCCAUCUUCUGACGGUGUAUUUCUACCGGCCGCCAAACGGGUGCCCGGAUUUCUUCGAGCCCGGGGUGAUGAAGGAGGCUCUGGGCAGGGCUCUGGUCUGGUUUUACCCCAUGGCUGGGAGGCUGGGCAGGGACGACGAGCAGGGGAGGCUGGAGAUCGACUGCAAUGGAGAAGGGGCUCUGUUUGUUGAGGCUGAAACUGAUGCCUCUCUUGACGACUUUGGGGAUUUUGUCCCUUCUUUGGACCUCAAAACAAACUUCAUCCCUUUUGUUGACACUUCUGGGAACAUUUCUUCUUUCCCACUCACCAUUUUCCAGGUUACACGAUUCAAGUGCGGUGGAGUGUGUCUAGGAACGGGGGUGUUCCACACGCUAUCCGAUGGCGUUUCCUCACUCCAUUUCAUCAACACGUGGUCGGACAUUGCUCGGGGCCUCUCGGUCGCGGUCCCGCCUUUCAUCGACCGAACUCUCCUCCGUGCUCGGGACCCCCCGGCCCCAACAUUCCUGCAUGGCGAGUACAGCUCCCCUCCAAAGCUCCUCGUGCUUUCCUCGGAAGCCAAACACGCCCCUAUGACCGCCAUGCUCAAGAUCACUCCAGACCAACUUGCCCUUCUCAAAGCCAAGUCAAAGCACGAGGGUAGCACGUACGAGGUCCUGGCGGCCCACGUGUGGCGGUGCGCUUGCAAGGCCCGUGGGCUGCCAGACGACCAACCGACGAAGCUCUACGUGGCUACAGACGGCCGGGCCCGCCUGUGCCCGCCUCUCCCUCCGGGCUACUUAGGCAAUGUGGUGUUCACUGCCACGCCGAUGGCGGAAUCUGGCGACCUCCAAAGCGAAUCGCUCUCGAACUCCGCCAAGAGAAUCCACUCUGCAUUGGCGAGGAUGGAAGACAAGUACCUAAGGUCGGCUCUCGACUUCCUAGAAUGCCAAAAGGACUUGUCUAGGCUCGUGCGGGGCCCGACCUACUUUGCGAGCCCAAACCUCAACAUCAACAGCUGGACCAGGCUGCCAGUGCACGAGGCGGAUUUCGGCUGGGGAAGGCCGGUCCACAUGGGACCGGCCUCCAUUCUGUAUGAAGGGACGGUGUACAUAUUGCCAAGCCCAAGCAAGGACCGGACUUUGAGCUUAGCGGUGUGUUUGGAUGGUGAACAUUUGCCACUCUUCAAGAAAUUAUUGUAUGACAUCUGAAUAGAUCCGAGCCAUGAAUGCCAAAGUAUAAAUGCUAUAUAUAUGGAUGGAUUCUUUGAGUGUAAUCUUUGUUUCCACGUUCCUUUGUUCAGGGCCGGCCCCAAAAAAUGAAAAAAUAACAUUAGUCCGGUCCAAAAUUUACAUUUUAGGUCCUAUUUUAUUUUAUUAGAAUACUUAUGCUUUAGAAUUAAUGACGAAUUUAGAAAUAUGAGGUUUUAAAAAUUAAGGGCCCUAUGCGAU